AUGCCUGUCAAGCAGCUCGACACGCCAUACCCAGUCAUUGAUGCGGAUCCGCACUUCUCUCGCGUCGUGCGCAGCUUCCGCGGCUCUGACUAUGCCGCCAUGGCCGGCGCCACGGCUGCGUUCCCCUCGGCCAUCUACAUGAUGGAGAUGUUCGACCCUACACGACCGAAGCGCGGGAUGGGCUCGGCUUUGCGACUGUCGACGUUCCUUGGGCUUUGCGGUGGAUUCCUGUUCGCAUACCAGAGGACGUCGUUCCGCUUCUGGGGCUGGAAGGAGAACGAGUUGGAACAGAAGGCCAACCAGGCGGCGCUCGAUGCGGGCAUCAAGCCCAUCGGAACCGACCCGAGCAAGAGCGACCUGACGCCAUACAUGCAGGGCGUAGCGCACAGGAACAGCGCCUUCUCCCAGUUGAAGUUCAGCGUCCUUCCGUGGUUCAACCUGGUGGACCACCCAUACCACGGCGGCGACAGCUCCAAGGAGUCUUCGUAG